CUUUGUUGCAACGGCUUUUCUUCAUACAUGUUCCCGGGUGCAAAUACUCUCAUAACGUUUCCUGCACUGAUGCAUGGUGGUCGAACGGAGGGAUUGUUGGAAAAUUGCGGAGGUUGAGACAUGCUCUUGGCCCAGAUAAACCGUGACUCCCAGGGGAUGGCAGAGUUCCAGGAUGCAGACGGCCAGCAGGUGACCCUCUGUCUGGCUGAGGCAGUGACCGUGGCAGACGGCGAUCAUAUGGACACAGUGAGUCUACAGGCGGUAACCCUUGCCGACGGCUCCACAGCAUACAUACAGCAUGACCACAAAGUUUCCUUUUCAGAUGGACAGCUAAUGGACGGACAGGUCAUCCAACUGGAGGAUGGGUCUACUGCAUACGUCCAGCAUAUGUCCAUGCCAAAAUCAGGAGGAGACAGUUUGCAACUUGAAGAUGGACAGGCUGUCCAGCUAGAAGAUGGAACAACAGCCUACAUUCAUGCACCCAAAGAGACAUAUGAACAGAGUAGCUUGCAGGCGGUGCAGUUGGAGGACGGCAGCACGGCGUACAUCCAGCACACGGUGCACAUGCCCCAGUCCAACACCAUCCUGGCCAUUCAGGCCGACGGCACCAUCUCCGACCUGCAGACAGACGGGGGCAUAGACCCGGAGACCAUCAGUGUGCUGGAGCAGUACACCACCAAGGUGGAGAAUGUAGAGAGUGGGCUGUUUGGCCGAGAGGAGACUGAUAAUGGCAUCCACAUGCAGAUUGUUCUCCAGGGUCAAGAGGGUAGGACAGGAAGGGUUUCACACGUAGGGGAGAAGUCCUUCCACUGUGACCACGAGGACUGUGGGAAACUCUUUACCACUGCUCACCAUCUAAAGGUACACGAGAGAUGCCACACUGGAGAUAAGCCAUAUAUCUGUGACCACAUUGGCUGUGGGAAGAAGUUUGCUACAGGGUAUGGGCUGAAGAGUCACUCGCGUACACACACUGGGGAAAAACCUUACCGCUGCCAGGAGAUCAACUGCCAAAAGUCUUUCAAAACAUCCGGAGACCUACAGAAGCACACACGGACACACACAGGAGAGAAGCCAUUCAAAUGUCCUGUUGAGGGCUGCGGACGGUCGUUCACCACCUCCAACAUCCGCAAGGUUCACAUCCGCACGCACACCGGAGAGCGGCCGUACUACUGCGCUGAGCCCAGCUGCGGGCGAUCCUUCGCCAGCGCCACCAACUACAAGAACCACAUGAGGAUUCAUACAGGAGAGAAACCUUACGUGUGCACCGUGCCAGGGUGUGAUAAGCGAUUCACGGAGUACUCCAGCCUGUACAAGCACCAUGUGGUCCACACGCCCUGCAAGCCCUACAACUGCAACUACUGCGGGAAGACUUACAAACAGAUCUCCACCCUGGCUAUGCACAAGCGCACAGCGCACAACGACACGGAGCCCAUCGAAGAGGAGCACCAGGCCUACUUUGAGCAACCCACAGAUGCCAUUGAUGAUCCCGAGGUCACCUACACGUCUGUUGUGGAGGUGGAGGACUCCUUUUUGGAACAGGUGUCUGUGGGGACCCCAGAGGUUCUAGGGCAACAGCACCAAGUGUCUCUAGUCACUCAGGAUGGAACAACACAGCAGGUCAGUAUCUCCGAGGCGGAUUUGCAAGCGAUGGGCGGUACAAUUACCAUGGUAACACAAGAAGGUACCACCAUCACCAUCCCAGCCCAUGAGCUGAUGUCACAAGGGCAUUCUGUCACCAUGGUGACAGAGGAUGGCACGGAGGGACAGGUGCAAAUUAUGACCCCAGAUAUGACCACGUUCCAGACAGUGGAGGAGGUGGAUUUUAUCCAGGAACAGGAGCACCAGGUGGUGUCUUCAAGCCCUCACCCGGUCACCCUAUUGGCUACUUCCAAUGGCACUCACAUCGCUGUACAGCUCAGUGAUCAACCAUCAUUGGAAGAAGCCAUCAGAAUAGCGUCGCGAAUACAGCAAGGCGAGACCACCGGAUUGGACGAUUAACUCCACAAUUAACUAAUUGCAAAGAAUAAAUUGUGUCUAAACUAUUUUCUAGAUUCUACAAUAAGUGUGUGUAUGUGUGUGUGUGUAU